GCUCGUCCGCUGGACGCUCUACACCAACUGUGUCAAGUUACUGCGUCGCCUCUAUCAGGACCCUACUCCGCCACUUUUUUUACGCAUUCCGGUCCGGUCCGUCCACAGAGUGUGUCUUCUGUGAGAUUCUGGCCAGUUGUCUGCAUGCAGGGAAUGACGACUCAUUUUAAGACGAGUAAAGCUUUAAAGGUCAAGAAGGAGGUAGGCGAGAAUGCCCCCGCACUCAGCGACGAUGAGUUGGUGGCCAUGUCCGUGCGGGAGCUCAACCAGCAUCUGCGUGGGCUGACCAAGGAGGACGUCGUGCGGUUGAAGCAGCGGCGACGGACCCUGAAAAACCGGGGCUACGCCGCCAGCUGCCGCAUCAAACGCGUCACCCAGAAGGAGGAGCUGGAGAGACAAAAGACAGAGCUGCAGCUAGAGGUGGACAAGCUGGCCCGCGAGAACGCCAGCAUGAGGCUGGAGCUGGAUGCCCUGCGAGCCAAGUAUGAGGCCCUGCAGUGUUUUGCCCGGACUGUGACGCGCGGGCCCCUCUCGCCGGGCAAGGUGGCCACCACCAGCGUCAUCACCAUCGUCAAGUCCGCCAACCACAACAACUCCAGCCCGACCCCGUUCUCAGCUCCCUCCUAGUGUCGACAGGACUGGGCUCUCUUUCUCCUGCCUGGUCCUUCCCGGUUCUGACCCCGCCUGAACCCACUCAUCCUGUGCUGAGAGGACGCUCAGUAGUUAAGACUGAAGGAUGGAAUGGGGUGGCAAGCUCUAUGUGAUGUUAUGCUGAAUUCACAACUCUGUCUCCUUCCUUCUGUCUCUCUUACACAAUCUACAUUGUCUGUGCACUGUGCAACCCCCCCCCCCUCUCAGACCCCCAGCACCGGCAGGGUAAUGGGCCUCUGUGACCCUACCUCCCUGACUGAUAGCAGAGAUUUGCUUUUACUCCAGUGUGAAGAAGUGCUUGAUAUGCCUUAAUGUGGCAGCAGUGGCCUAAGACAGCUUUGAUACUUAUUGCUAUUAAGCAUAAAACCUGAGAGAUUUAAGUAAUGUAUAUGUGACAGUCAAGCUAUUUACAAAGCCUUUGCCAAAUUGAGCAUUUGAAGCUGUUGCCUUGAAAAGGAUCUAUGAUUGAUCUGUAUAAAUUAUUAUCUCACAUGUAGUUUAACACACAGAAGAUUUGUUGUGAGGUCAGGUGGACACCUCUUCAUAACCACAGUUACCAGUGGUCUGCAACCACAUGCCUUUAAGAGCCAGCCAAUCACAGCACUGAUGUUCCUCUUCUCUUUCAGAAGGUGUAAAGCAGUAAAAAAAAAAAAAAUCACCUGUUGAAGUGAAAUCCUCUACAUGACCCCUCAUGGUCCGUAUGGAGCUCUGCAUUAUGCAGCAUUAUGACCAAGGGCUCUAGUAGUGAUACAGGAUUGUUUAUAUUUCUGUCCUGAUUAUGCAAAGUUUUGCACAGUCUUCAGUCAUGCCAAAUAGUUUAGUAUUUAGUUUUAGAAAAUAGUCAGUUCUCUCCAGGAAAAAUACAUUUUUCAGUUACAUUUUUCACUAGUUUGAGAACUUUAAAACUCCACCAUUAGGUCAGAAGUUGUAUUUAAAUCUUUGCUAGAAUAUAUUGAAGAGGUUCUUUUGUGCAUUUUUGUCAACCUACUUGCAGACACCUGCAGGGUGGAGCACAUCUGAUGCAUCUUAAAUUUGCUGUCAUAAUGGCUCAUCCAUGUGCUGACUUGUGCUUUGUAUCUUGGUUAAGAAAUUGUGGAAUUUGUCAGUGUUUGUUUGUCUUCAAUGUUUGUUGAAGACAUUGGAAGCUGUUGGGAAGGUGCUACAUGUGAUCCUGUUGGUGUCUCUGUAGCCCUGUUGAACAGAGAAAUGAUUCACAGUUUCUGCUUAUAUUAUUUUGAAAUGCAUGAGAGUUGAAUUAUACUUGAUUUCAACAGAAGGGAGACUUGGGAGGACUAAAAUGUAAAACCUGAAAAAUGAUUAAGGAUAAUUUUGGGCCAGAUUUGUUUGGAUUGAGCAGAUCUGACGUUGCCCAGUGUCUCAUUAUAAAGCACUUAAAAGAAACUGUUAAGCUACAGUAUAAAAGAAAACAAUUCAUAGGUAAAUUGAGUCCUAGAAUUGGAGAUGAUGACAGAUAGAAACUACUCUUGCAUUUCUAAAGUUACUGGGGCUCAAGUGCAUGAUGAUUAAAUGUGGUGUGACCACACUUAGCCUUAGGAUGGUAUACUCUCUGAUAAGUAUGCCACAGCACUUACUGGGUGAUGUUUUGCCUCUUUCCUUUACAUGCCACUCUUAGGUAGGUAAUCCAUAUUGGAUAUAGUGUAAUGAGAGCGGUCCUUAAAAGUGAAAUGCAAUUCAACUUACUUCCUGUAUAUUACAGAUUACCGAAACAAUAAAGCUCCCACUGCCAACGUUGUUACUUCACAUUGAGAAAUCCGUCCAAAUAGAAAUCAUUCCUACUGCUGGGUCACGAGAAGUGCUGCUGCCGGUGUUGGUAACUCUGAAACAGUAGCUAUUUACUUUGCUUUUGACACACUCUUCUGCAAGAGAACUCCUGACGCCCAUCUCUAGAAAUAGUGGUGUCACGACAGUUAAAUGCAGUAAACACCUUUCUCCUGUUGUACGUUUUGAGAUAUUUAAAUAUGAAAGUCACUUGAAAUAAAAAGCCGUUCUUACCGAGGAUCCAUUCCUAAUUCGGAGUGAAGUCAAUAGAGAUUGUUCAUGUCAGGAUUUUCUCUUGGCUAAGAGGACAUGACUGUUCUUCCCCUGUUCCAUAGCUGCAAAGAACAGUAUGGGGAACUUUGCUGCUGUACAACCUGCUGUGAUUUUUAAGCAGGGGCAUUGCUGUGUUCUUACUCUCAUUUUGUAUUUUCACUUGGUUUCUAUGUUGAUACAACCUAUGUUCUCUUUCUGAUACUUAGUUUUAUAUGCAUAUACAGUAUAUAAAAUAUAUAUAUUACAUAUUUUUCUAUAUUUAUGUCUUUUACUAUCCUGGGAGUGGUGUGAUUAUGUAAUCAUUCUUUGAAGUCUAAUUAUGUUGAUGCUGACCCUUUUACCCGAAUAAGUUGUAUUCACAUUUACAAUGAGAAAACUAUUCUCAUAACUUAAGUCUUCUUUGUGAGUAUUUAUACCCCGUGAAUAGUUCUUCUCAGCACAUUUACUAUUUGUCUAAUCCACGAAUUGGACAGACAGUGACUAGGGUUACAUAUAGGCUGCAGUUAGUUAUCUCUGAACGGUCAAGAAUGAACUGUUUAAAAAAACAGGGGAAUUACAUUCUGACCGCUAGUUCACACUGUUAGUAAAGAGCGCAUGUGCAUCUGUCAUAUUUUACAUCAUAACUUUUGGAAUAUUGGAGCGAAAAAACAGACAAUUAAAAUGUAUUGAAGCAAGUCAAUCUAUCUAUGCAAAGGAAUUCACAUACUUUAAAUAAUUUCGGGAUCAUUUAGAUGGAAAGUUAUACCAAACAUCUACUUUACCACCAAU